GGGUGCCAUAUAUGGUGCACGUGGUCGUUCUCCCGUUCCAGUUUCGCGUCUGUGUGCUUCCUCCCCAUCCCCUCCACAGUCUGUCCUCGAGUUCUUCGUGCUUGACUGGUCCAGCUCUAUGUCUUCGUCACAAGAGAGCCAGCCUUCUAGCCGUCAGUCCACGUCUGACCCACCUCAGCAAGACGCGAUAACGCUCUUCGACCUCCAUCUCAGGUUCCUGUCCGAGUCAUACCUCAGCUUCUUUCUGGAACGGUACGCCCGCAAGUCUUCUUCCAAUCAGGUUUACCUCAGACAUCGUAUGACUUGUAGCCGGAGAAUCGAGGAGCAUUAUGUGGAGGCGUUGCUUCGGCUACACCGGAAAGUCAAGGCUGCAGAUACAGUAUUGGACGACCCGGGUCGUGGCGACGUCAGCACGACGAGGGCUGCCUGGAACGAGAUCAGGGAUAACGUGGCGAGAGAGGCCGAUACGCGUGUGGCGUUUCUUGGUGCUCUGACUGGGGAUGUCAUCAACCCUCUCAUAGUACUUAGGGAAACCCAAGACCGUAUUCGCAAGCGGAUCAAGGAGGACCUAAAGGACGCAGUGGCUGCACAUACAGACUACUCUGAGAAUGUGCUGCCGCGUUAUAAACGCAACUAUCUCAGGAAGUGUCAGGAAGCAGAGGAAUACAAGGCCGCCAUCACACUAAAUACCCAAUCCCCUCUCUCACCCAACGAGGGGCACUUCGCCAUACCCCCACAAUCCGCAGGUGCCAAACCGAACCCCGGCCUCUCGGCGCGCCCCGCGAUCAUCACCGCCCCGCAGCCUCUCCGUCCCCUUGACCGCCGACCGUCAGUCGGCGGAACGUCAAACCAUGUCCGCUCGCCCUCCACGAGCACGUCAUCAGCGCUACAGGACCUGGCCCACCAAGGAAAGAAGCAGCUCAACCAGCUCAUGACCUUCCUGGACACGGGCGGUAACAUGAAGGACCUCGCGGGACGGUCGGACAAUGCGCUCAGGAGUGUGAGAGCAAAGCGCGAAGCGGACGAAGCAGACAAGGAAUAUCGGAAGGGCGUGCACUGGCUGGAGACGCUACGUCUUCGGAGAGUCAAGAUUCUCGAGUCUGGAUACAAGAGCUUGGAAGCGUUCGUUCGCGAGAAUGCGGAGACAGUGAAGUCCGUGCUGCAGAAAUACACUGACAACAUGGUUGCCACCUGCGCCACGCAGUCGCAGAUCUGCGAGCACGGCAGACGCUCAGUCGCGCGGAUAUCUUCAGCACGAGACAGCGCCAUCGUCGGAUACAACAUACCUCGCCAACUCGCGGCGGCUAUCCCCAAGCCUGCAUAUUAUUACAACUACAAUGUCGGGGAAUGCAAAGACCUGAUUUUCGGCGUAAGCUUGGUUGAUUAUGCCACAGCGAGGAACCUGCAUGGCGCCGAAGGUGAACAAGGGGUGCCGAAGAUCGUGCGGAUCUGUGUGAAGGAGAUCGACAAGAGAGGAGUGGAAUGCGAAGGGAUCUAUCGGGUAUCUGGGAAACAUGCGAGUGUGCGGGAGCUUCAGCACAAGGUCGAGCGCAAUGAAGCGGCCUUCCAGUUCAACCCUGCCGUCGACGAUAUAUAUGCCGUGGCGUCCCUUCUGAAGUUGUAUCUCCGCGAGCUUCCAGAGCCUCUCUUCCGCUUCCCAUUACAGGAGCGACUGGCUCACAGUGAGGAGCUAGACGAGCACCGAGGAAACGACUUUCAGCUUAUCCGAGGCAAGAUCCGCAGGUUACCUACGGUCCACCAAUCGACGUUGAAGGUCCUCGUCGAGCACCUCGCACGAAUCGCCGCUCAUGCGGAGAAGAACAAGAUGGACGCGAAGAACCUUGCGAUCGUCUUCGGUGCUGUCAUAUUCGGCGAAGAUGAGAUGCCCAAGUCCGGCGGCGAUCUGCUCACCGUGCACUCGUGGAAGGAUACGUUGUGUGAAGACCUCAUCAGUAAUGCACACAUUCUGUUCCAAUCUACCGACUCGCCUCAACUCCUCUCCAUCGUUCCGGACCCUUCGAACGCACCGUCUCCCAUUUCACCAACCGCAUCAGGAUCACCUCGAGCCAGAGCGACGUCACAAGCAUCUAUUCUGGGCCCGAUGGGGCCACCAGCCCUUCCAUCCGGCUCCCUAUCACGCAGCCCGAGACUUGGACGCUCUCCAUCACUCCCUCCACAACGCUCACCUCCAUACACUCCGGGGAUCGCUAGUCCGCGGGCGACUCCACCAGAGGACUUCACACCACAGCUUCCGCCACGCCCGACAGGGAGCAUCCAUCCGUCGCAACGGUCUGCGGGUCUACCGCCGCCUGCCCCGCUCGUGCCGAUGUCGCAGCGGCCGAAUCGCCAAUCGCUCCCUGUUCGGCCACGGUCACCGAUGCCGGAUUCUCCCCCUGGCUUAUCGAGGUCACGCGAUGUCAGCAGAGAGCGACGCACGCAGAAGACAACACCGCGGCUGCAGCAGCGCGAGCUGGAUGGAGCAGAAGAGCCAGCUUCGCCGCGCAGAGAGCGACUGCUUACGCCGCAUCUACCACCUCGUCCGCUGUCCCCUGCGGUGUCCACUCGGACGGGCGAGUCGAGCAUUCAGGAGGAGCAGGAACCCGAAGUGCAUGAACAGCUGCAUCUUGCACCGUGGGGGAGCAACCUCGACUUGCACGAGCUUGGAGAUCGCCCGCCCUCGGCUUCGGCAUCGCCCAGGAGUCAAUUUGCGACCAUGAGGCCGGACUCUAGGCAGUCUGCCCGAAGAUCACUCUCAGGUCCGUUAGCAGAGCCGCAAAGGUCGCCGGCACUAGUACAGCAAGCUCUACCCGAUACCCAGGACAGUGAUACAGCGCGGCGCACCGAGAUCACCAGCGAAAUGCGUACCGUGGAGUGAACAAUAUGUUUUGAUGUGCGGUGGUUUGUAGAAGUAUCUUUG